CGCAUGCGUGACAGGUGCUCGUCUGCUUUCCUUUUCCGGUUAAACAUCAGCAUGAAAAAAAGAGGAGAAUAAGGGCCUAAAGUCCUCAUUUGCUUAAUGUUGCAGGCAGUUUUGGAUUUUAAAGGUACUUGCAAAAAAAUAAGCCAACAACUUCUUAGCUGAUGGAGUGAAGCAAUAAGCCUGAGGCAUGUCUACCAUGACAACCAUGGAUGUCCGUCCCAAGAUGCACAACAUCAGGGAUCGUCCAGCUUACAAGCACCCCCAGCACACACAGAAAGCCUUCGAGGUCCUCAACCACAUGAGAAGGCAGAAUCUGCUGUGUGAUGUGACAAUAGUGGUGGACACUACAGAGAUCCCUGCCCACAAAGUAGUCCUCUCCUCCUGUAGUCAGUAUUUCUACGCCAUGUUUACUGGAGAUCUAGCCGAGGCGAAGUCAGACCGAAUAACUCUACAAGAAAUAGAUCCAAAGGCCCUCAUACAGCUGAUUGACUUUGUGUACACUUCAGAAAUCCACGUCACGGAGGAGAAUGUCCAGACUUUGCUGCCAGUUGCCAACAUCCUUCAGAUCACGGAGGUCCGAGAUGCCUGCUGUGAUUUCCUACAGUCCCAGCUUCAUCCCUCAAACUGUAUUGGAAUCCGGGCCUUCGCUGACCUUCACGCCUGUACGGAGCUUCUGAACUACGCCCAGACAUACACAGAGCAGCAUUUUGUAGAUGUGGUUCAUUUUGAUGAAUUCCUCUCCCUGAAUGUGGACCAGAUAUGUAAACUGAUCUCUAGUGACAGGUUGACAGUUGUUACGGAGGAACAGGUUUAUGAGGCAGUGUUGUCAUGGGUACAGCAUGAUUUGACCAAUCGGCAACAAGAAAUUGACCAGCUGCUCGAACAUGUGCGCUUGCCUCUGAUCGCCCAGGAAUACCUGGUACAGAAGGUGGAGGAGGAGCCACUGGUAAAGACCAGCAGUCGGUGUAAGGACUUCCUGAUAGAGGCCCUCAAGUACCACCUGCUGAAGACCGACCAGAAGGCCGUGUAUAAGACACCCAGGACCCUCCCCCGCACCCCGCUCGGACUACCCAAGGUUUUGUUGGUGAUUGGUGGACAAGCUCCAAAGGCCAUCAGAAGUGUGGAAAGUUACGACUUUAAGGAAGAGAAGUGGCACCAGCUGGCUGAGAUGCCGUCACGGAGAUGUAGAUGUGGGGUUGCAGUGAUAAAUGGACUAGUGUAUGCAGUCGGGGGAUUUAACGGUUCCCUGAGGGUCAGGACAGUGGACGUGUAUGACCCGGUCAAGGACAUGUGGACGUCCUGUCCUAGCAUGGAGGCCAGGCGGAGCACCCUGGGGGUGGCCGUAUUACAUGGAAAUAUCUAUGCUGUUGGAGGCUUUGAUGGGUCGUCAGGACUUGACACCGCCGAGUGUUACGAUGUCCGCUGUGGAGAGUGGAGGAUGAUCUCACCCAUGAGUACCCGUAGAAGCAGUGUGGGGGUAGGAGUAGUUAACGGUAUGCUGUUUGCUGUAGGGGGGUAUGAUGGAGCGUCCAGACAGUGCUUGAGUUCUGUAGAGUGCUACAACCCAAUGACAGACAUGUGGUCCCCGGUCGCUGAAAUGUCGUGUAGGAGGAGUGGUGCAGGUGUGGGAGUAGUGGAUGGGUUACUGUACGCGGUGGGCGGCCAUGAUGGACCGUUAGUCAGGAAGAGUGUGGAGGUCUACAAUCCGGACACCAACAGCUGGUCACAAGUCAGUGACAUGCACCUGUGUCGCAGAAACGCAGGUGUGGUGGCUAAUGGUGGAUUUCUGUACGUGGUGGGAGGGGAUGAUGGAUCAUCAAACCUGGGCUCUGUGGAAUGUUUCGAUUAUAAAACCAACCAAUGGACACUCUUACCCUCCAGCAUGAUGACCGGUCGCAGUUAUGCUGGGGUCACGGUCAUUGACAAACCUGUGCUAGAGAUUUAAACAGUGGUCAAGGUCAUAGAUAAACCAGUGCUGGAGCGACAUGCUGGGGUCAGAGUCAUGGACAAACCUGUGAGAAAUGUAGACUGGUAUCGUUCAUUAACAACCAGUGCUGGAACUCUAGGCCGGGCACCAGUCAAUAAAUAGUGCUCUCUAAUUCAAGGACCACAACUCUUCAGAUCUUCAAAGCAUUUUUGACUGGCAUUAGGAAAAAUCCUUUUAUCUGUGAUAGCAAUCUGAAGAAAAUGAUGUGCAAUAUUUACAAUGGCAUGAGUUUCUGUGUUUUGUUUCUGUACAUGUAUUACAUGUAUUUAGCCUAUGAGGUGAUUUGGUUCUACUGUUACUCACUGAUGCUUAUUAUAACCUGUGUGUGUUGAUGUGUAAAGUACUGGUACUUUGAUACAAUCAGUGCAGUGCUUCUAUGUAGAUUAAGAUAUAGACCCAGUACACCCUGUGUUGAUAAUAUGGGUGACUGAUUAGCACUCUCUUUGUUAUUCCUCCUUGGAAAAAUUGUAACAGUUACUAUACAGUUGGUUUUUAUAAGUAAAAUAUUGUGUGAAAGCAGUGAGAUACUACAUUGUAUGUUUUCAAGCUUAAGAGAUUUCAAAAGACAUAUCCUUGUUUCUUGGUCCAGACUUUUACCAUUCCUUUAUGUAAGAUGGAUUACAUGGAACAUCAGUUUAUGUAUCUGUUAAUCUUGGAAAUAUUGAUGUAAAAACAUGGUGACAGUUUAGAUGAUCUUUUUGUACUUGUCAAAGAAUAAGAGACAACCAUGUCUUGGCUGGUUUAUGAAGUCCAGUUUUAUUGAUUCAGAAGCUUUAAUAAAUGGGACCAAAGUAUUGGUACCAAUUGUGAGUAUAGGGGCCACAAAGUACUUACCCCAUAGUCUUUUAAGUAUGGUUCCACCAUAUUUGAGACAACAGUGGCAAAGUAUUAUGUCUCGGUUGAAAUCUCAGUGUUGUGCUUAUAUACAAAACAUGAAAUAUGCCAAAAGAGGAGAUUUUUAAUACUGUUCAUAUGUAUCCCUUAGAAUGAUUGUGUAUAAGUUGUACUCUGUCUUUCCAUACUGAAAUAAGAGGUUGAUUAGGAAGUGUUCGAUGUAUACAUUUGUUCAGCACCAGAAUUAAUGAUUCGGUGAGAAUGAACUUAAUGGUCGGGGUUUUUGUUUGAGAUGUAUGAGGUUAAGUAUAUUGGGGAUCAAACUUUAAUUUAUAUGUGUAUUGUUGUUUACUAUAUGUAUUGCAUAUUGUAUUUAAUAAAAUAUGCAAAAAGGUA